AUGGACGAGAAAGAAGUUGAGUUCUUCAAGCAGAAUGGAUUAGAAUUUAUAAAGAUCAUUGGACAAGGUGGAUAUGGAGUUAUAUAUGAAGUACACUCAGCUAAUUUCAACUCUAACUUUGCUGUCAAAAAGAUUCCCAAAUGCUUCUUUUCACAAGCAGAAUUAGACUGCUUGAUGAGGAUUGACGAUCCUAGGAUAGUCAGAUUAUAUCAGAUAUACCGUUACAAUGACUUCAUUUACAUGGUUCUGGAAUAUUGCCCAACAGAUCUCUACAAAGUCUUCUCUGCUGGUGGAAAACUAUAUGAAGAAGACAUUUACAGAUAUGCGCAUGAUGCAGUUUUAGCCAUCAAAUCAGUUCAUGAUAAAAACAUCGCUCACUGCGAUAUCAAACCAGCGAACUUCUUUAUCGAUACGUACGGAAGAGUAAAAAUUGGUGAUUUUGGACUUGCUUCUUUUAAUGGAUCUUCUUGUUCAUGCAAAAUGGCUAAAGGAACAAAAUUAUUUAUGGCUCCAGAAGUAUAUUGCAAGAAAUACACUCCAAUGAAGUCUGAUAUCUGGUCAUUAGGAGUAACACUUUACUUCUUAGCUACACAAACUUAUCCAUUUAAUGCUCCAGAUAUCGAAAAAUUAAAGCAAUGCAUAAGCAUUGGACUUUUCGCUACUGAUAAAGUUCAGAAUAAGAACUUGCUUGCCGUUAUUUCUAAAUGCCUUGACAGAGAUCCAGAAAAAAGACCUACCGCAGACGAAAUUCUCCAAAUGCCAUAUUUCAAGGAAAAUGGUAAAUCGUCUGGCGGUUGUUGUUCACUUUUCUACAAAUGCGCACGGUUCUCUAAAAACAUUGUUAAACCAUGUAUCAAAUCUCAACGUUCGUUCGGAUCUCUUCAAUUCAGAUGCUUGAAUAACUCUAGAAUUAAACUUUCUACCUCAAUGGAUCAUCUUGAUGAUUCCCAUUUAAUCCCUGUUUGUUAG